CGAGGGUGGGGCGUCACAAUUACUAUUUAAACCGAAGAAGCCACCCAUUAAAUAAUUAAUUUAAAAAAAAAAAGAAAUUCAAAUUCGACAAAAUGAUCAGUGAAAUCGUCGCGUUUUCUUGCAUUUUGGUGGCGGUUUUGGCCGCCCCACCGGCAGCAGAACCGGUAGCAAUAGUCGUCCAAAAUUCGGAUAUUCAACCGGACGGGAGCUUCCAGUGGAACUUUGAGGCCGCAGACGGUACCAAACAGGAACAAAGUGGUGCCCUAAAGGCUGGAGCUACUCCCGAGGACUCGAUUGCUACUGUGCAAGGUGCCAUAGCCUGGGUGGAUCCCGAAGGUAACCAGCACGAGCUGAAGUACGUUGCUGACGAGAACGGGUUCCAGCCUCAGGGUGCCGACUUGCCGGUACCACCAGAGAUUCCCGCUCAGAUUGCCAGGGCUUUGGAGUAUAUUGCGGCACAUCCUCAGCCCGAGGAAAACGCCUCGUAAAUUCGAUCGAUAUGUUUAGUUUUUUUACUGUGUUAUUAUAUAGGAAACGUGUGCCAAUAUUUUAGUAUUUUUUUUAUUAUAUGAAUAUAUAUCAGAAUAUAUAAUAUUAUUAAUAGAA